AUGGAUAUCAACGUUAUUUCUCCAGAUGAGAGUAUAAGAAAAAUUGAAGAUAUUAUUGAUAUCCAGAAAGCAAAUGGAUAUUUCAAUGUUCGGCAAGUGGCCUUCAACCUUCCCUCCGAGUCGGCAAGCUCAGUUUCGGCAAAUACAGCUAAAAGCUUAGAAUCAGGUUUAUCUAAAACUAAAUCAGAUAGUGAAAAUAAGAAGAAGUUGAAGAAAAUACGAUCAAAACGCCAUAAGAGUCCUUUACCAGAUGUGGUAUCAUGGCCGAGCGAUUCGGACAUAACGGUACUUAGAAUGAAAUUAUGUUUGACUGACAGUGAUGUGAAGGAAAAGGUGGGUAAUCUGAUUCCUGGAGAUGGGCUUCACCAACCAGACAGCUCAUCCAUGGUAAAUUUAGCUACAUUGAUCCGACAGUCUCAACCACCAUCCAAACAAAAUAUUUAUAUGGAAGAAUAUCUUAUGCCACUAACCUCUUGGGAGAGGGAGCAAGAUCCAGACCAGGAACCUGAGAAAGAGGCUCCAAUGGUUGAAGAGGAACAAGAAAACGAUUUUUCUACAAAAUGUUUGCAUGCGCAUGGUGUUUACGAACCUAGAUGCAGCCAUGAACUUAAUUUACACUUGUGUUCUAAGGACAGUCAGUCUAGUUACUCAAAGAUCACGAGAAAAUCUAAAUUCGCUCGGUUCCUGCGUCUGUACUUCUGUCCGUGCUGCACCUGUCUCUACAGAUUGGAAAAGAUGCGUGAUGAACCAUCGGAAUAUUUCACGAAAGGCAAAGAAGUAAAUUAA